AUGAUAUGCUCUAGUGUCAUCCAACAUGCAGAAGCGAAUACGGUUCACAUUUUCUACUACUUUUAUAGUUUCCUUGGAAGCCAUUCCAAUGGUCCCACCCGUCUGCUGCGAGCCAUCAUCUCGCAGGUCAUCCAGAAGCAUCAGGAUCUCGCAAUUUAUGUUCAUGACGUCUACUUCACUUCUCACCCAAUACCAACAAAGAAGGCAUUACUAAGUCUUCUCCCUGAACUUCUCCAAGGUUUGGGCUCUGUGAGGCUUGUUAUAGAUGGUGUUGAUGAAUGGAGCUCACGAGACCAAAAAGAGCUUCUCAAAGAUCUUGCCGGACUGGUAUCUCCUACUCAUUCUACCUACAACUGCAAGAUCAUGAUUGCCAGCCGAGAAACGAUGGAAAUUUCACGAUAUUUGCGCAAAAAAGAUAAAUCUGUAACAAAAGUCUCUCUCAGUAACGCCAAAGAAAGCUUUGCAGUUACCCUCGCGAUUGCCAAUUUCGUUGACAGCAAGCUUUCUGAUCUUCCUGAUCAUUUCGAUGAGCUCGAUCCGGAUCCAUCUAUCUUAGUCCAUGUCAAAGAAACUCUACGUAAGAAGUCGCAUGGUAUGUUCCUGUGGGUAAGUCUCGUACUGAAAUCACUCGAUACGGUUUACAGCCCCGAAGAGCUGCGUACAAUCGUCGAUGAUCUUCCCUCUGAUCUCGAAAAUCUCUAUAAUCAAAUUUUCAUUCGUCUCUGCAGCGCUCCAGGUGCGCGUAAUUACGGGAGUGUGUCGGGUAUCAUGAGCUGGAUAUGCUUUGCCCAGAGGCCUUUGCAUAAGUCAGAGCUACUGCACGCACUGUCGAUGUUUCCAUACAAAUCGAGCUCUCAAGUACAGAGUAUCCCCGUCGCAUCUAUACUUGAUCACUGCAAGCCACUCAUAGAAGAACUUCCCGACUCAACGAUAGUACCAGUUCGCUUUUCGGUGAAAGAGUACUUCAUUAAGUCUCAAAUACCGCAGGUUGUCCCAGCAAUCAAUGCCGCUCUAGAUAUCUCAUCCGCUUGCGCCAUUAUCAUUACCCGCAGUCUCGAUCUUUUGCGAUUUGAAAGCAACUCUCUCGAAUGCCUUGCUCAAGUCGCAAGUGGACACUACAGGCUUCUACCAUACGCGAUAGAGUUUUGGAUCGAACACUGUUUGCAAUAUGCAUCGGGAAGAGUCAGUCUCGGUAUGGAACAGCAGUUUCAAGAUCGUCUGACACAAAUGCACGAGACACAUCAGAACUGCCGUCAUGCACUUGGGCGUACAGUAAAUCAGGUUGAGACGAGGGAACAAAUCAACGAUAGCAACUUGGACGAACGAGUCCGGCUUUUUUCUGGCAUGAAGAUCUAUCAAUUGAUAGUAGAUCUACUAAACCUCAGACUGUUAGCCAGUAAACUAGACGGCGAUAGCAGCUCAUAUAUCGAGACGUACUUCAUCAACAACGACCAAACGCUCUUUACUCAGCUUUCUCAAAAAUACGAAAGCGCAAUUGUGCAUCUUCUGGCGCAGCGUGAAGUUGAAGGCAUCUCGUCGGUACUACUUCAGGCAUUCCAACAAUCGUAUGCUUCAACCGCCUUUUUCUGCCGCUUUCCACAUUGUGAUAGGCUAUCUCUGGGCUUUACAACUGCACAACUCCGGUACGAACAUGAGGCCACUCAUGUUCAACGCGUAUAUUGUCAGACAGCAUCCUGUCAGUAUAGCCGUAUCGGAUUUCCAAAGAAAACCGCACUUAAUGCGCACACGCGCAAACAUCAUGGCCAGUCAAUUAUUCAGCUCAUACCCGCGAAAGUGCGCAAUUCAAAGUCAAAGUCGGAAAAUAGCGAAGAGACCUCCAUUGUGACUCUAUCCAGUCCCUUUCUUCCAGAAAAUUUACGUCCUGAGCAGUCUCUUGAACCCCGACAACGUCAGCAAUACGCGGAACCGCGAUUUUCAUCUCAACUGAGUACAUACAACGACGGCUCACCAUUUAACAGCGUUCAAGACUUCCAAGACUUCGAUAAACUUGGCGAGCAGCUGACCCUAGAACUAUACCAAUACCAAAAACUAAGAGAUGCUAGAAUCGAAAAAUUAGCGAAGACGUUGAUGCAGUCUUGCUCAAAAGAAACUCGCCAGCAACUCGAAAAUGAUGUUCGAAAAUGGGCCCCAGCUAAGAAAGAACAGCUAUUUGAGUACGGUGUUGACCCUAUUCUUUACCGUUUCGAAGAACAUGCCCGUGAGCUCCUCAAAAAGGGGGACUAUAGUACAACAGAGGAAUUACUAGCCGCAAGCGAAUCGAAAGAGUUACCGCAAGACCUUACUAGGGCAGACGAAGUGGCUAAAGGCAGCGAGAGGGGUCUAGUCGAUUCACAAAUUGACGGAGAAGAAUCUUCCAUUCAUCAAGAAUAUCUUAAGCAUGACUGGAAAUAUUUCGACACCCUUAUGCAAGAAGGUUCACAUGGUUUCUAUGCUCCACAAACAGCCGGAUAUGUUCAGGUGCAGAAUAGCUCUGAGAAAUCUCAGUCUUCCCUUCCUCUGAACGUCGAAGCGGAUGGCCAGCUUUCUGCCGACUUACCAGACUGGACUCUUUUUCACCGGUCGUCAAGAUCCAGGAACACGGUUGACUGA